CCUGGGUUCCACCAAGAAGAUCAAUGUCAACUUCCAGGACCCAGACGGCUUCUCGGCCCUGCACCACGCCGCCCUGAACGGCAACGUCGAGCUUAUCUCCUUGCUGCUGGAGGCUCAGGCAGCAGUGGACAUCAGGGACAACAAAGGCAUGCGGCCCCUGCACUAUGCUGCCUGGCAGGGCCGGAAGGAGCCCAUGAAGCUGGUGCUGAAGGCAGGCUCUGCAGUCAACGUCCCAUCCGACGAGGGCCACAUCCCCCUGCACCUGGCUGCCCAGCAUGGGCACUACGACGUGUCGGAGAUGCUGUUGCAGCAUCAGUCCAACCCCUGCAUUGUGGACAACUCAGGGAAGACGCCCCUGGACCUAGCGUGCGAGUUCGGCCGUGUUGGGGUGGUCCAGCUGCUCCUGAGUAGCAAUAUGUGUGCUGCGCUGCUGGAACCCCGGCCGGGGGACACCACGGACCCCAACGGCACCAGCCCCCUACACCUGGCAGCCAAGAACGGCCACAUCGACAUCAUCAGACUCCUCCUCCAAGCCGGUAUUGACAUUAACCGGCAGACCAAGUCAGGCACAGCGCUGCAUGAGGCUGCGCUCUGCGGCAAGACAGAAGUUGUCCGGCUGCUCCUUGACAGCGGGAUCAACGCCCAGGUGCGCAACACCUACAGCCAGACGGCCCUGGACAUCGUGCACCAGUUCACCACGUCGCAGGCCAGCAAGGAGAUCAAGCAGCUGCUGCGAGAGGCCUCAGCGGCCCUGCAGGUGCGAGCGACCAAGGAUUACUGCAACAACUACGACCUGACCAGCCUGACCGUGAAGGCGGGGGACAUCAUCACGGUCCUAGAGCAGCACCCGGAUGGCCGGUGGAAAGGCUGUGUCCAUGACAACCGGACGGGCAAUGACCGCAUUGGCUACUUCCCGUCCUCCCUGGGUGAGGCCAUUGUCAAGAGAGCAGGUUCCCGAGGAGGCUCUGAGCCAAGCCCACCCCCAGGAGGCGGUUCACCGGGGCCCUCUGCACCUCCGGAGGAGAUCUGGGUGCUGAGAAAGCCGUUUGCAGGUGGGGAACGCAGUGGCAGCUUGAGCGGUGCUGCUGGUGGCCGGGGAAGUGGGAGCCACGCCCUGCAUGCCGGCUCAGAAGGGGUCAAGCUCUUGGCCACGGUGCUCUCGCAGAAGUCUGUGUCUGAGUCCAGCCCUGGAGACAGCCCCGUCAAGCCUCUGGAAGGUUCCACAGGUACUGGCCGCGCCCAGCCGCCGGCGGCUCAUGUGGAGCAGCAGCCCAGGAAGCAAGACCUGGUCUCUGAGGGCAAGAGCGCUGAGGCGGUCAGCCAGUGGCUGGCCACGUUCCAGCUGCAGCUCUAUGCACCCAACUUCAUCAGUGCCGGCUACGACCUGCCCACCGUCAGCCGUAUGACUCCCGAGGACCUCACGGCCAUUGGUGUCACCAAGCCAGGCCACCGGAAGAAGAUCACCGCGGAGAUCAGCGGCCUGAGCAUCCCUGACUGGCUGCCCGAGCAGAAGCCCGCUAACCUGGCCGUGUGGCUGUCCAUGAUUGGCCUGGCCCAGUACUACAAGGUGCUGGUGGACAACGGCUAUGAGAAUAUCGACUUUAUCACCGAUCUCACCUGGGAGGACCUACAGGAGAUCGGCAUCACCAAGCUGGGCCACCAGAAGAAACUGAUGCUGGCGGUGAGGAAGCUAGCCGAGCUGCAGAAGGCGGAAUAUGCCAAGUAUGAGGGGGGACCCUUGCGUCGGAAGGCACCCCAGUCCCUUGGGGUGCUGGCCAUAGAGUCGCCACCCCCGCCGGAGCCCACGCCCGCUGAGUGCCAGUCCCCGAAGAUGACAACCUUCCAGGACAGUGAGCUGAGCGGGGAGCUACAGGCAGCCAUGACCGGCCCAGCUGAGGGGGCUGCCGCCGCUGGGGCCCCUGACAAGCCGUACAACCAGCUGCCACCCACCCCAAGGGGCAGCCUGCGGCAGGAGCCCAGCCUGGGUGGGCGGGUCCGGAACAUGAGUGGCUCCCAGGAGCUGCUGGGUGAUGGACCCCCUGGGCCAGGCAGCCCCAUGUCUCGGAGCCAGGAGUACCUGCUGGAUGAGGGACUGGCCCCCAGCACCCCACCCAGGGAGGUCCGGCCUAGUCGCCACGGCCACAGUGUCAAGCGUGCCAGCGUGCCCCCAGUGCCUGGCAAGCCACGACAGGUUCUCCCACCAGGUGCCGGUCAUUUCACACCACCCCAGACACCCACCAAAGCCCGGCCAGGCUCCCCCCAAGCCCUGGGGAGUCCUCAUGGCUCCACCCCAGCCACCGCCAAGGUGAAACCCACUCCACAGCUGCUGCCACCGGCAGAGCGCCCCAUGUCACCCAGAUCCCUGCCCCAGUCACCCACCCACCGUGGCUUUGCCUACGUGCUACCCCAGCCUGUGGAAGGGGAUGCAGUGCCCACCGCCCCGGGGCCCGUACCCAGGCUGUGCCUACCCCCUGAGGCCGACGGUGAGCCAGGGCGGCCAAAGAAGCGUGCCCACAGCCUGAACCGCUACACUGCGUCUGACAGCGAGCCAGAGCGGGACGAGCUGCUGGUCCCAGGAGCGGCGGGGCCCUACGCCACUGUCCAGCGGCGUGUGGGCCGAAGCCACUCGGUGCGGGCGCCCGCUGGCACCGACAAAAAUGUCAACCGCAGCCAGUCCUUUGCUGUGCGGCCUCGCAAGAAAGGGCCCCCGCCACCCCCGCCCAAACGCUCCAGUUCUGCCAUGGCCAGCACCAACCUGGCUGAUGAGCCUGGGCAGGAUGCUGAGACUGAGGGGGGCGCGCCCGAGGACAGAGGGCUGGGAGUCCGGGCACAGCGCCGGCGGGCCAGCGACCUGGCUAGCAGUGUGGACACGGGCAGCGCCGGCAGCGUGAAGAGCAUUGCGGCCAUGCUAGAGCUGUCAUCCAUCGGGGGUGGGGGCCGGGCCGCCCGCAGGCCCCCCGAGGGCCACCCUACACCUCGUCCGGCCAGCCCGGAGCCAGGCCGAGUGGCCACAGUGCUGGCCUCAGUGAAGCACAAGGAGGCCAUUGGACCCGACGGGGAGGUGGUCAACCGUCGCCGCACGCUCAGCGGUCCUGUCACUGGACUUCUGGCCACUGCCCGCCGGGGGUCUGGGGAGUCAGCUGAUCCUCAUGGGGCUUUUGGUGAGGAUGGUGCUGCCCGGCAGCGGUCCCGAGGCCCAGCCAAGGGUGAGGGUGGCAGCGAGGGUCCCCCGCUGGCCAGGGUAGAGGCCAGUGUGACUCUCAAGAGGCGGAUCCGAGCCAAGCAGAAUCAGCAGGAAAAUGUCAAGUUCAUCUUGACCGAGUCUGAUACAGUCAAGCGCCGGCCCAAGGCCAAGGAUCGGGAGGUGGGCCUCGAGCCUCCCCCGCCACCCCUCUCCGUGUACCAGAACGGGACCACCACCCUGCACCGGCGGCCUGUCUCCGAGCAGGGAGCACCCCCUGAGCUGCCUCCACCGCCCCCACCUGCUGAGCCCCCACCGGCUGACCUGGGGCACCUGCCACCACUGCCCCUGCUGGACGGCGAUGCUCGGAAGCUGGCCAAGCCCCCUGUCUCGCCCAAGCCCGUCCUGGCUCAGCCCAUGGCCAAGAUACAGGGCUCACCCACACCAGGGUCCAAGAAGGUGCCACUCCCAGGUCCCAGCAGUCCAGAGGUGAAGCGCGCCCACGGGACGCCGCCGCCCGUGUCGCCCAAGCCGCCGCCCCCGCCCACGGCGCCCAAGCCGGUUAAGUCUGCGGCGGGACUGCCGUCAGGCAGCGCCAGUCCAUCGCCCGCGCCCUCGCCGGCACGGCAGCCGCCAGCCGCCCUCACCAAACUGGCCAGCACGCCGCCCCCGGGGGGCGCCAGGGAACUGGGCAUUGUCCCUGUCCAAGCUGACCAGGCACGAAUGGGUUUGGCCUUACAAGGGGGCAAGGGCAUGAGAGGGAACCAGCCAAGGGCAGGACUGGGUGUAGAACCAGGUGAGGGCAGAGUUGGCUACCUGGCCGCAUUCCUGGCUCACUCCCAUCACGCUGCCCCUAGCCCGUCUGCCACGGAGGAGAAGAGCACCGGCAGCAUCCUGGACGACAUCGGCAGUAUGUUUGACGACCUGGCCGACCAGCUGGAUGCCAUGCUGGAGUGAAGGGCCACUGCCCACGAGGGGCCCGCGCCGCCCGGGCUCCGGCCGCACACUGACCUUUACCUCAGGACGGGCACCUGGGCCAGGCGGCCACGGGCCAGAGCUGGGGACGGGCCUCCCCCCGCCCCCUGCACAAGCACAACUCCUGCCGUCUGCCCGGGGUUGGCCUCCCGCCGCUGCCCCCAGUGCAAUCAAUACCCGCUGGGCUGUCCCGCCUGCCCAGGACAGGGUGCUGCUGGAGCCCCCCAGCUGAGCGGCAGAGCACACGCCUCCCGAUCCGUCCAAGCCCCGGGCAGCCACUCCGGCUGAGCACAAACCGGGGCAGAGGGUCAAGGCUGGGGCUCGUGGGCCCCCACCCCGCUGCACCCCACCCCAAGAUAUAAACUAUGGAGAGUAUUAAUUUAUUGGGAAUGAGCUGAGGCAGAUUCCCCUCCCCCCCAGAGAAACACAAAAGUAUAACUUUAACAAAUAUAUAUUUAAAGAAAGAAAAUAUUAUUGAUCUAUAGAAAACCAUUUAGCAGCGAGGAAGGACACUCUUAGAGGCCCGGCCCCUCUGCUGUCCUUCCCUCCGUCCAGGAGUGCCCAAGCCCCUGGCCCAGCAGCACAACCAGAGGCAGGGGGAGGGAGCACUGUGGGACCAGAAGGUGGGGUCGGUGCUCUGCGGGGCCUCUGCCUCCCCGCUUCAUUUCUCUGCACCCGAGGAUGUGCCUUGCUCGCUGACCGGCUGUGUCCUCUUUCCAGAACAGAGGGAAUUAAGCGAGGCUCCCCUCCUUAGCAGGCGUGGCCGACUCAUGGGGGGCGUGGCUGCGGUGUGCCUGGGCGUGCGUGCGUGCGUGCGUGAUGACCAAGGCGUGGCAACGGAGGCGUGCAUGCGGCUGCGUGUGGCGCGUGUGCGUGCGUGCCUGCUCCCAGAACCCCGAACCCACGCUGGCCUCCUGGACAAGCAGCCAGCUCAAUCCCCCCACUCGAGUCCCGACGGCCGCUUUCUGCUCGUGGUCCGAGGCAGUGUCGUGUGGUCCUCCCCAGUUUCUGUCCAGCCCCGCUACUCUUCCCUCUAUCAAGUAUGGACUGGUCUCUAUUGUGUUUGCUGACCCAGACUUUGGUAACUUUGACAUUUCUUUAAAAAAACAAAACAAAAAAACCCUGGAAGCCGGCCAGCGGUGGUGACACAGGACGGGAGGAGGGGCCGGUAGAGGUGAUGUCCAGGCUUGGGAAGGCUCUACCAGCUCUCUUGCCCUGGUAGUCACCCAGCUGGUGGGAGGGCUCCAGGCAGGGGCUGCUGUCAGUUCUCAAUAAACAGCAGAACAAGGCA